AUGGAGGACCUAAGAUCAGCAAGAAACUUGCUAGAUAAAAAUGCUUUUAUGGCAAGUAUUGAUGUAGAAGACGCCUAUCUCUUAGUACCGGUAGACAAAGCUAGAAUUUUAGUGGCUUGUUGCCCAGGAGUAGAAUAUGGUAAAGUAUUUUGCAAAAGACUUGAGAGAGCAAAAUGGUUGGCAUUGUUAGUAAAUAAUAAUGACUUUGAGGGAUCUAUGAAACUAAACGAGACUGUAUUCGAGGAUGUACUCUGGUGGAAAAGAAAUAUCUCGAAAACAAGUAGUAGGAUAAAAACCCAAAAUUACAGCCUAGUCAUCAGUUCUGAUGCUUCUAGAACUGGUUGGGGUGCAGAAUCACAGGGAAAUGUGACACACGGUUUCUGGAGCCCGGAAGAUCAAAAAUUACAUAUUAACCAUUUAGAGCUUCUAGCAGCCUUUUUUGCACUUAAAUGUUUUGCCUCAGAGGCUCGCGACUGUGAAAUAUUACUCCGUAUUGAUAAUACAACGGCAAUAGCGUAUAUUAAUAAAGCGGGAGGAAUUAAAUACCCAGGGCUUAGCGAGCUAGCAAGGAGUAUCUGGCAAUGGUGCGAGAGUAGGAAUAUUUGGGUGGUAGCUUCUUAUAUUCCGUCAAAGCUAAAUGUCGAAGCUGAUAGAGCUUCCAGACAAGUAAAUCUGGAUACUGAAUGGGAAUUGUCACAAACUGCCUUUCAAAAAGUCUUAGGUUGUUAUGGCCCUUUCUCAAUCGAUCUUUUUGGUUCUCGCGUUAACAAAAAAUGCUCAAGGUUCUGUUCGCGCUAUCCGGACCCGGACGCAGAGUUAGUAGAUGCAUUUACUUUCUCAUGGAGGAGUGAAAGGUUUUAUGCAUUUCCACCUUUUGCCCUUAUAUUACCAGCUUUAAGAAAAAUAAUUAAUGAUAAAGCUUCGGGAGUUCUAAUUGCAACAGAAUCAUCCACUUGCUCGCAAAUUAUCUCUAAUGGUCGGCAAAUUAUCAGGCAAGCUUUCAUCAGAAAAGGAAUUUCAAACGAAGCAGCGGAAAUAAUGUUAGACUCCAUAACAGAGUCUACAGUCAAGCAAUAUGAAGGCUGCCUGAAAAAGUGGCUGUUUUUUGCAGACCAAGAAAGAAUAGAUGCCUUUAAUCCUCAAAACACUGAUGUCAUAAAAUUCUUGGCGGAUAGAUUUAGUAAAGGAGCAAAAUAUGGGACCAUAAACUCAACAAGAGCAGCGAUAUCUCUGAUUUCACAGAACAAUCUCUCAAAGGACGUUAUGAUUUCACGAUUCAUCAGGGGUACCUUUAAAAAAAGGCCAACAAGACCAAAAUAUGCGGAGACUUGGAACACAGAACAGGUGCUCACAUAUGUUGAAACUAUUGAAGAUAUUAAUAAGUUGCGGCUGAAAGAGUUGUCAGAAAUACUAACUACUCUUCUUAUACUGAUUACUGCGCAUAGGAUGCAAACACUGGCUCUCAUCAAUAUUAAAGAUAUUACAAGAUCAUCCACAGGUUUAAGCAUUAAAAUACCAGAUCUUAUAAAAACUUCAAGACCUGGAAAAGAGCAACCAAUCUUGACGGUACCUUUCUUUAAAGAAAGAGAAAAACUCUGUGUAGCAUCAAUCAUGCUAAAAUACCUGGAGAGAACUGAAAACCUGAGGUCUAACUCAGAUAAACUUUUUAUCUCAACAAUAAAACCCCAUAAACCGGCAAGUGCACAAACUAUCAGUCAUUGGAUCAAGUCGCUACUUGAGAAAGCAGGAAUAGAUAUUAGCACCUUCACAGCUUAUAGUAUAAAGCACGCGGCAGUUUCUAAAGCUUGUAAACAAGGUUUGGAUGUGGACACGAUCAGAAGAACCGCCGGUUGGUCUGCUGGAUCAACGGUCUUCGCCCGUUUUUAUAAUCGUCCAAUACAGCCUGCAAGUGAUUCUUUUGCUAAUACAAUCAUAAAUAAAAAUACGUAA